AUGGAUAAUGAAAAGAAGGCGCAGAAGGAUUCCGAUCGACUUGCUCGCGUACGUGAGAACCAGCACAAAAGCCGUGCGCGCAAACAAGCUUAUGUCUCGGAGCUAGAGCAACGAGUGGCUGCGAUUCAGCAGGAAACCCGGCAGAUGGACAUCACCAAUCGAAUCGUCUUACAGGAAAUAGAAACGGAAAAUCGUCUCAUCAAGAAUCUGAUCGUGUCGCUCGGCUUUUGGUCGGAGUUGAUUAAGCGUUAUCUGCAGUUGGCCGACCAGAACACAGUUGUGGAUCGUAAGGUGGCCAUUCCGGCCGCGAUAGGCCGGUCGGUUGAGACGCGCUCGGUCGCCUCCUGUCAAUCGCCAUGCUCAACGCCGUCGCCGCAGUUGACGACUGGUGUCUUUGCGGUGGAAAACCACUCGGUUGAACAGCCCAUGUUGUAUGACUAUGUGCGUGGAACUGGCACGGUCCCUACACUGCAAUCGAUAGAGGGGCAACAGAAUUGUACUAUGGCCAUUUCAACGGCGAUGGGCCGGCCGGUUGAGGCGCGCUCGGUCGCUUCCUGUCAAUCGCCUUGCUCAACGCCGUCGCCGCAGGUGACUACUGGCAACUCUGCUGGGGGAAAUGAUUUUGUUAAACAGCGCGUGCUUCAUGACUAUACGUAUUCAACGAACACAAUCUCAACGCAGCAACCCAUAGAGGAACAACAAAUGUCUCCUAUCUCUCCUUCACGCAAGGAGGAUACGAUAGGCAGCAUGCUUCGGAGCCUCAACCCGAGCAUAAAAAUGCGCUCAAUACGACUCUAUGUGUUGCCGCUGAGGAUCUUCUUGACUAACAUAAUGCGAAAGGAAUACAUAUGGAUGGUCUUCGGCGAAGAAUAUGCCCAGGAGUUGAGGAGACUGACCUUGAUUGCUGCCGAGUACAGAAUGACGUCUAACUUCAGGUUUUGGACGAUAUCAGCAACAUAA